AUGGCGACAUAUAUUAGUAAGGGACGAUCCUUUGCCAGCGAGGACGGCCCCUAUCAGCUUCCAAACGAUGCCGCGGAACAUGAGCGCCUGGACGCGCAGUAUCGAGCCUUCGCUAAGGUAAUGGGCGGCAAGGUCUUCCACGCCCCGGCUGCAGACGGCUUCCCGAACCGGCCUAGGAAGAUCCUCGACAUCGGCUGCGGCACGGGCAUCUUCACGGUGCAGCUCGCCCGUCGGUUUCCCUCUGCCGAGGUGAUUGGUGUGGACCUGUCGCCCGUGCCAGCGGACCGCCACGGGGACACGCCUAACGCCCGCUUUCUCCUCGGCAGCGUGGCGGACCUGCUCGGGCGGGGCGAACUCGCGGCCGGGUCCUUCGACUACGUCUUCCAGAGGCUCACCAUCCUGGGCAUCGUCGGAUGGGAGGCCCACUUGCGGAACGUGGUGGCGCCUCUGCUUGCCCCUGGGGGGGUUGUGGAGCUGCAGGAGUACGACUCGAUGCUGCGCGCUGGGGAGGGGGGGUGCGCCGGCGCGGCGUACGAUACGGAGCUUGGGGACCGGUGGGAGUGGUUCCGCACCUGGAUUAAGGACACAGUUGAUAUUGGGCUCGACCUAAGGGUUGGGCGCCGCAUGGCUGAGCUGCUGGCCGGCGCAGGCAUUGACGUUGUCACCCGCGACGUCUACGAUAUCCCCAACGCCGGGCCGCCGUCGCUGCGGGGCGGCGGCGGGGAUGAGUACUGGAGGACAGUUGUGGACACGUACUGGGGCGUCGUGGAAAGGAACUCGGGCCCGCGGCGGAGUCCGGAGGUUCUGGCGGCCAUGCGGAAAGGCUACGAUGAGACGUUCGUAGCCAACAUCGCCGACUUGAUGGUGAAGCUCCACGUCGUUGUCGGACGCAAGCCGACGACAGCAUAG